UUGCCACUCGUCGCCGUCAACAGCCCAGUCCAUUCCAUCCAUCACCUCUCCUCCGAGGCGGGCGACUGAAUCCAUCCAUCGCUAUCAGAGGUUGACGCACGCCGCGACGCUUAUCGGCAAGGGGAACAAUAACCCCGCUGUUGUGGCUCUUGCUUUCAACGUUUUCCACUCCGCCUCUUGAGUGUGACUCCGCAAACUCCGCCACCUCUUCCACUGCGUCACUGCCACUCACCACCAUCCUCCUCAGAACGCCGACGCCGUUGUUUGUCUCGGGCACCAGACCUCCACCUUGAGCGUCCACCAUGGAUGCACUCGACACUCACUCGCAACACCAAGACCAUGGCUCGGACGAGAACGCUCUCGCUGCUGCCCAGGCCGCUCAGGCAGCUGCCAUCCAUCUCGACCUGAACGCCCUCCAGGCCGAACCUCAUCAGCAUGACUUCGAGCACCACCACCUCCAGCAGCCAGACUUCAAGAGCGAUGGCACUCCCCACACCGACGUCGAUGUCCACGGCCUCGACAUCCCCGUUGAGGGGCAGGAUGACAUGUCCCUCGCUGUUCAGGAUGCUCACUUGAGCCUCGCUCUCGAACAACACACCCCACACCAUGUCGAGACUCCUCGGGCCAGUCCAUACAACCGUCCUCCCUCGAUUCGCAAAGCAUGUGAUUUAUGUCACCAAGCCAAGCAGAAGUGCUCCGGUGACCGUCCCAGCUGCACUCGUUGUGCCCAGGGUGGUUGGACCUGUAACUAUGCUCCCCGUCAGCGCCGGAGGACUGUCCCCAAGGACCAGAAGCAGAAUCUCAACCUCGACGCCCGAGGCGGCAAUCCCUACUCGAUGUUGGGCAAGAAGCGCAAGCUGCAGCGUGACGGCAUGGGUAUGGGCGACCCCAUGGACGUGAGAAUCGCCAUGGGCAUGGCCUUGGACUUUGGAUUGGAGCAGGAGGACGAGGACGAGGCCUUGUUGACGCUUACCGAGGACCAGAUGAUUGACUCGAUCGCCGUCGACGGCUACCUCGACGACCUUCCUCUGCAGACUUUCGUCAACAAUCUUCCCUUCAACCAGCCACAGUCAACAGCCGCUACAACAUUCACCUCGAGCGACUUUCCCGAUGCCAACGACGCAUCGUACUCGUCCGAGAUGGACCAGCACACGACCUCUGCGCUUCGUGACGCCAUCUUCUCGCUCAACGAGUCGUCAAACGCAGGUGUUCAGAAUGAUGGUCCGGUUGAAGGCCAGGACGGCACCGACCAGCAGGGCAUGGAGAAUCUCGAUGGCCAAGGCCUCGACCCCCAUCUUGCGUUGCUGGAUCUCUCCCACGCCAUGCCCGUCGAGGACGGCAAUAACACGAGCACAGACGGCACUGGCGAGCUGAACCUCGGUAGUCUGGGCGCGCAGUACGGCUCGGGGUGUCCGCACGUCACCCUUGUCCCGCGUAUCCUCGCCCUGUUGCACCAGCACCCGCUCGAGCCCAAGCCUGGAUCGAACACGCCGCUCACGAUGUACGUUUUCCAGCCUCUGUCGCGGGCCCUCCGCCUUUUCCACUCCAUCGUCCAGUGCCAGCAAUGCGUCACUUCGCCUCAGCAGACCCUGCCGCAACUGGCCCUCCUAUCCCGUACAACCACCAUCCUCACAUACCCCGUGCCACCACCCCCUCCCAACGCGGCUGGACAGCCGUCAGCACAGCUCACUGUGCACGGCGCCCGUCUGGCUAUGACAGGCAUCAGCGAGGCGAUCGAACAGCACAUUGUGGGCGUUGUGUGGGACUCGUGGCGCGCAAGUAUCCGCGAGAUCUUCAACGCGUUCGAGCGCAAGGCGCAGGAGGUCAUUCAGCAAAACGCCCAGCUUGCCGCCGAACAGGGCGGUCAUGCUCCCCCCUCGAGCGCUGAGACGCAGCGCGCAGGCCUUAUGUUCCAGGCUAUGUCGCGGCUGGUGUCGGCUAUGAACGAGGUCGAGCGUGACUAAUGCGGCGCACUAGAGUCGGAGCAUCCGAGCUCUGCAUAGCAUCCCAGUAUCUGUAUUAUUAGUAGGAAGCAAACGAUGAACUAGUGGACUUCCA